UCUGUAGCUUAAUACUUUAUUUACUUUAAAAUUUUUCUCACACCAGUUCUCUCAAAAACUAUUCGGUACAGCCAAAUCCUUGCAAUUGAGUCUUUAAUGUUUUUGCUAUUUUGUAAAUUGAGUUUUUGGGAGUUUUAAUUUCUUAGGGGAGGAUAUUUUUCAAUUUAACUGUAUGUAAAGUUAUUUUUUGCUUAAAAAGUGAAAAAGAAAGAAAGAUGCAGCCAUACAGUGAUCAGCCAGAUAAACUUCAGAAAAGGAAGUUCAAAAAAAUGAAGCAAAUGAUAUCUGAUAAGCUGCAAAACUUCAGAGACGAGGAGGUCUCUGACUCAGAACAAGUAGAUCUAAGUAUUGAACUUCAUCCCAUCAAGCAUUAUGUUGAUGAUAAAGAAGAGAUGAUAGAGCAAAUGUUCACUUCUCUUGGUCCAACAUUGAUCCAAAACAUGUUACCACCCUUGUUGAAGACUGUUCCUCUAAACGAACUGAAAGCAGACUGUUUGAUCCAACUCUUAGGAAUGUCUAAAAAACGAAUUUUCACUUCAAUUGAUGGCAAGGAACUUCAAUCAUCAUCAGAGUCAGAUUUCGACUCAGAUGCUUCCUCCAGCUCGGAAAAGAAAUCGGUAAAGUCCAAGAAGGUCCCAGUUCAGACCAAAGCUGCUAAACGUAAAUACAUCAUUGAUGCUGAUACUUUAAAUGUAAGUAUUGACAAUGAGGAUGAUCUCGAUAAUUUAUCGCUAAGUGAUGGGGAAACAUCAAAAACAUCCAGGAAGCGCAAGUCUACCGAAAAAGUAAAAAAAUCAAAGCAUAAGCAGCCAAAACAUGCAGAAAAUGGUUUUGUAGAAGUGGAGGGUGCCUCUCCUAUCAGCAUAUCUAGUAAUGAAGGAAGUGAUGCUGAACGAGAUGUAAAGCCUGUUGUUCCAAAAAAAGGUCAAACUCUUCUCGAAAUCCUGGAAUUGGAAAUGAGGGCCAAGGCAAUUCGCUCUUUGUUGAAACAAGGCACUUCUGGAUCACCCCAACCAGGGAAUGAGUCUGAAGCAGGUAAUAGCCUAUUUGACCCCAACAUCAAAAUAAAACCUGAACCGAGAGAACCUGAACCUGAUCCAGAUAUAAUCGAAAUAAUUGAACCUCCGCCACCUCAACCAAUUGUUGUCGACUCAGAAGAUGAGAGUGAGAAGCCGAAUUCAGAUACUGAAACACCAAAAUCAACAUCUGUCACCGAUACUGCGAAAGCGGAGCCAGCAAAAUCCGAGGCAGCCACUGGUAAUAAAGAUACUACACCUAAUUCUACUUCCACUUCAAAUGUUACAGAUAAUGCAGAAAAAAGUGAUCCAAAAACACAAGGCCCCUCAUGGUCAGAGCGAUAUCUAGAGAACAAAGAAACAGAAAAAUUAAUCAAGACAAGCAAGAUGUGUACCAACAUCAGGAAGAGGAUGAGGCUUGUGCGAUCUAUGCACCAAAGGCAGCACGUUAAAGAAAAAGUAGAUAUUCCAGUUGUAAUUGGUAGUAUCUCUGAAUAUAAGCAGCUAGUGGGGAAUGAAAACUCAAGCAAUUCCCUGAAAUCAGGUGAAAACGAAAUCCCAGAAACCAAUGAAUCAGAAACUCCAAAAGAUAUCACUACUGAAGUUCCUGUCACAAAUGAAAGUUCCACAUCUGUCACUUCAAAUACAGACAAGACUGAUCUAGUCUGCAGUGAUAUCUUGGAAAUUGAUAUUUCGAUAGCUGACCUUGAUCCAGACUGUAGCACCAACUCGUCUGGGUCAGGUACGAAAAAUAAGAAGAGUGAAGAAUUGAUAAAGGCCGUUCUAAAUCCAGUAAAUGAUCUCAGAAGUAAGGGAAUCAAUGUGGACAUUGCAGUAACGAAAGAAGGAGUCAUACAAAUUGAUGAGGAUCAAAGGGCAGAAAAUGAAGCUUGCAACAAAGAGAAGAAGGAUGAAGCAACUCCUGGCGCGGAAAAAAGAGGAAUUGAAGCAAACUCCAAUGAUCAUGACGAAUGUCAAAUUAAAGAUGGAGGAAAUGAAAAUGAAAGUCAGAAUAAUGAGGCAGGAGAUGGUGAGAAUUCAUGUAAAGAGGGAAUUAGUGAGAAGAAUGCUGCUGAAAGAGAAAACCAAACGGAUACACAUACUGAAGAAAAAGAAAUUAGGCAAAACGACAGGGAUGAAGAGGAAGAAAACAGUGAUCAAGAAGUGGUACAUAUUGAUCUAAUUGAAGAUGAUGAUGAAAAUGUUGAAGAAGAAAAAGGAGAUCAAAAUCAUGCUGAGGCCAGCACAUUGGUUGGCGAUUCAAGUAAAAAGGAUGGAGAGAGCAGUGCAGUUGAUGAUGAGACAGAGGAAAGAGAGAGCAGUGCAGUCGAUGAUGAGAAAGAGGAAGGAGAGAUCGAUGAAGAGCCUGAGAGACCUGUCACCAAAGAGAAACCAGCCGUCGAGCGAGAGGAAGCACAAAAAAAUCUUAUGUCAGAUGAAAUUAUUGUUAUUGAUUAAAUUCAUCGUUAGUUCUUAUUAAAGUCUUUUUUACAAAAUGCACCUACAACAGACUGUAGCCUCCUGGGACAGCAUUUCCUAAAAAGUCCACUGUGAAACGGUACUUUUGGCUUUCAGGUUACUUAAAAAGUAUCCAUAAUUAUUAAGCAAUAAAUUAUGCAUGUAAUACUCAAUGUGUUUUUUGGUGACAUAGCAUCUAGAAGGAAGAAAUGAAUGCUUGUUUCAUCUUAUCCCUGUCGAGAAAGUGAAAUUGUUUCUCUUCUCUGUAUUCAGGUUUUAUAAGUGAUUAAAAAAUUAUUCUUUUAAGCCAUUUUAUGUGUAGGUUUCCCCUGUCAAAUUAAGUGUUUAUGUAUGGAAGUGAGAAGAGAUUGUCUUUCAGAUUCUGCAAGGGAUUAUACUAGAGAUUUUUAUUUGAAUUUUAUACCCUGGGAUUAUAUUUAUCAUCUGCCUUGCGGUGUGAACUGCCUAUGAAUGGCCUUUUUAAAAACCUGGUAUUAAACCAUUGCGAUUUACAAUCUAUCCAUGAAAAGAGAAGCAUUUGCAUUUUAAGUACCUGUGUCUUAAUGCAAAAGGCUCGCUGCCAAAUGUUCAGCAAGAUUUUCUUCCACAAUAAGCAGUACAUACAUAAUGUUAUUCUUCUCCGUAAGAUUUCGAAGAAAAUUUUCCAUUUCUAUUGUUAACAACUUGCGUUUCUGACGCAUUCACAUAUUGACAUAUUCACCCAGCAGAUAUUGACAUAUUCACCAUGCUCCAGGUGUACUUUUGUAAGUUAUUGUUCUUUGCUGCAUUUGUACCCUCUCUGAAAUUGAGUCCGCAGUGCGAUAGUGAUACACUAGAUCAUUUUUUACUCUUUUAUUAGGUAACAUCUUACUGUGUAUUUUAUUGUCAUUUUUAUUUUCAAUAUAAAUAAUUCGGUCGAAGAAA